UAUAACUUUCGGUAAAAUUAAGUAAAGUGUCGGAUUUAAUAAUGAUAAUAAAUGAUAAUUUAUUUGUUCACAAAACUAAUCAAACAAUUUCCGUUGGUACCUACGCUUUUACACCCAAUGAAUCUAGUCCAAAACGUUUCGAAAACAUUUUUUCACCUCUCGACCAUCAUCUCAGAAUACGUCUGAUAAUUUUUUGAAUCGUAUUUCCCAUCAAUUCAUGUAAUACAACUAUAAUUACCCUCAUCAGCUAUUCUUUGAAAAUUACCAAGAUUAUUAAUCGAUACGUCUACCCUGACCGUAACCCAAGCAUAAUACUGCCUAGUCUCCAAAAGCCACGUUAACUGAAAAGAAAUGAAUUUUAGAUAUCAAAAUGAACUGAAAGGUAAAACUAACUGCAAUUAAUUAAAUUUACUAAUUUUUCUAAAAUAUUUUUAGAUGAUCCUCUAAAACUUGUAUAUGUUGCAGGAUAUAAGAUUUUUCAGAACAAAUUCGUUCAAUACAUAUUAAAAAUUUUAAUCUUCAUCAUUCCUCUAAUUUUAUUCACCCAGAUAGGCUUUUGCGUCUCGUCACCAAUUUCUCUUAAACUAAUUCAAUAUGGACUAAUCUUCACGCAAAUGUCUUAUGUAACAAUAUUCAGGUAGAGCUUUCAGAGUGGUACACGUUUUUUCUAGGCCGUCUUUGCUUCGUUCAUUCAUAUAUACAAAAUUAACGGAAUUGAAGACGCCAUGAGUAACUUUCCACUUUGGGACAUCGACACAGCUGGCGAAAAAAUCAAAAACAAAAUCAAAAACGAAACGAAAAUGAUCAAAACUUUUGUAAUCGUGGUGCUGUUAACGGGUUUGCUAUGGGGCAAUCUAGUUAUAUAUUCUUCGUUCGGCGUUGUUCUGUCCAGAAAUUUUCUUCUACAUACAUGUGACUACAUUUUCUCCGUUUUAAGACUAACAUCUCACGUGACUUUUUUGACUAUGAUGGCGCACCCAUUUCAAAUCCUUUAUGUAAGUCAACAUUUGAAAUUUCAGAUGUAUUUGUUCAACAAGUACAUCGAGGACGUUUGUUUUAUGGAUGGAAAAGAAAACGAAGAAGAUUUAGUGGAUGAUCAAGAAUACCAAGAAGAAAUUAAACUUAGACUACGGCUAGUGGUCAGAAGACACUGUGAAUUUAAAAGAUUACGAAUUCAGUGUCUCCAAACUAUGGGCAACCUUAUAAUACCGUUUAGUGUGGGGGUUGCUGUUCUUUUAUUUAUGAGCAUGUAUACUUUUUUACGCUUAGAAGGGUCAGAGACCAUCGUUAUAUGCAACAACGCAAUCUUUACUUUUAUGACUGUCAUUGGGUUCGUUAUUAUAAUCACAGCAGGCGAAACUUUACAAGACGAAUCUGAGAACACAUUCACAACUCUCGUGAUGACAAAAUGGUAUGAUUUUAACAACGAAAAUCGAAAAACGUUUCUGUUGCUGUUGUGUAACAAUAUCAAACCCAUAAGCAUUGACUUCACGGGAGAAAUUACUGUAAAUUAUCGUCUAGGAAUGGCUAUUGGCAAAGCGGUAUACACAGCAGUUUCAAUUUUUUUUUAAGUUCGUGUAACAAUGAACAACAUAUAAGUAGAGAUUUUAUGGUUGCAUUGUUAUUAUUAUGUCGAUGAUAAGUCUUUUACUUAUUAACUUGUCGAACAAAAUAAUGGAAUAAAA